CUAAAUAUGCAGUCCAACAAGGUUUCGUUUCUGUUCUUCGUUUUGGCUAUAGUGAUCGCUGUCAGUCUUUCCUCGGAAGUGAGCCAGGGAGAUGAUGUGAUCAGCGACCGUCGUUUCCGGUGGGAAUUUUCCCAGGAUUCCGAUGAGUCUGCCAAUGAUCUGCAAGAAGAUGACUCCGAGGAUGACUCCCAGGAUGAUUCCGAAGAUAAUGACGAUCAGGAUAACAGCGAUCAAGAUAAUAGCGGAAACGAUUCCGGAGAAUAUGAAACAUGGGAGGUCGUGGAAAUUACACCAGAUUCCAAUGAAAGUGAGGAAAGCGCCUCCAAUGAAGCUUAA